UCACGUGACGGCAGGCGGGGCGCCGGCGCAGGCGCAGAUCGUGGGCGGCCGGGUCUGGCGACCCGAGCAGUUGUCGAUCUGAUUUAGGCCUCUCCCUUCGGCCUCAGAGUCGACGCAGCCAUGGCCAGUCAGUCGCAAGGGAUCCAGCAGCUGCUGCAGGCGGAGAAGCGGGCCGCCGAGAAGGUGUCCGAGGCCCGCAAGCGAAAGAACCGAAGGCUGAAGCAGGCCAAAGAAGAAGCUCAGGCUGAAAUUGAGCAGUACCGCCUUCAGAGGGAGAAAGAGUUCAAGGCCAAGGAAGCUGCGGCUCUGGGAUCACACGGCAGUUGCAGCACUGAAGUGGAGAAAGAGACCCAGGAGAAGAUGACCGUCCUCCAGACCUAUUUCCAGCAGAACAGAGAUGAAGUCUUGGAUAACCUCUUGGCCUUUGUCUGUGACAUCCGGCCAGAAAUCCAUGAAAACUACCGCAUAAAUGGAUAGGAGAGGAAGAAAGAAGCACCUUUUCCAUGGAUUGGCAUUUUAGAUGCCUUCAUGGAAUAUGAAGCUUUAGCAAAGCUCAAGUUACAUUCUUAAGAAAAGGUGUUAAAUUAUUUCUGUAUGUUAUAUAGUAGGUCCCUUCACUUUUUGGAGAGUAGCAAAUCUAGCUUCUUUGUACACACUUGGAACUUAUCCAAAGAUCUUUGUACCUCAUAUUUGUUUGAAUUUAAUGGAUAUACAUUGUCUGUUUUCCUAUAUCUUUUAGCUCAAACAUAUAUAUCAAUGUUGACUUCUUUCUUAGAUCUAGUAAAAAAAAAAAAAAAAAAAAAAAUCCUUUGAAGAAAGAAAGGGAUUAAAUGAUUUUUUUCCCUAGUACUUUCUUGAAGGUCAGGGGCUUUAUCUAUGAAAAAGUAGUAAAUAGUUAUUUGUAACCUGUGUGAAGGAGCAGCCAGCCUUAAAGUAGUCCAUUCUGGCUAAGAGUUAGAACAAUUAAUACUGGUAUAAGUGGUUAGGCUGCUUUUAGUUUCUCUUAAUCAAAAUUACUAGAUGAUAGAAUUCAAGAACUUGUUAACAUGCUAUUACUUGGUGUACUGAUAAUCAUUUAAAAGUAAAAGUGAAGACACUUUGUCAUGCAUUCCCCUUCUUCGCUCUGGUUCAUCCUGUUUGAUAAUGCAAAGUGCACUUUGAGUUAGAUGUUCUGCAGGAUUUCACUUAGAAAAUUAGCACAUGUAUUACAUACACACAUUUGCAUACCUAAUUAGAAAAUGUUCAUGAUAUACAGCUUAGCAGGAAGGAAAUUUCCUGUGAUUUCACCCAACAACUAUUUUGAAAAACAGCAAGCAACUAGUGAGUAUGCAGUUUGCUUUUUCUCUAGAGCAUCUUGUGUGGGGGCAGCCUUGGGCAAGUUACAAGUACAUUUCCUUCCUUCUGGGCUAAAUGUGGUACAUAUUACAUGUAAUAACUUCACACUAGCAUGUAAGAGUUAAAUGCCCUGUGACCCUCUAUUAGCUGAAAGUCUUUUUUGUUUGCAAAGUAAUUUCUGGUAGGUAGAAACAAUUGAGAAAGAACAUUAUGGGAUUUCCUUGCUUGUUCUGAAACAAUACAAGACAAUUAGGUAAUCUUAAAAAAAAAAUCUAAUGUGACUCAGGAUGGGUUGAUCCCAGUCCACUUCUGUCUCUGGUUACUGUUCCAUUUCUCUGUGGUUUUUUUUUUUUUUUUUUUAAAUAGAAUUCCUCAAAGGAGUUGAUGAGCUUUUCCGUUUUUUUACUGUUAAACAAUCCAGGCUUGUCAUUCCACUGAAACUGCAUGUCAAGGUCAGCAAUGGUGUCCAGAUUAAGUCCAGUCCUCUUCCUCCUUGGAUAUUCAGUACUGUUUGACAGGGUUGACUGUUUCUUCCUUGAACCAUUUUCUUUACUUAGCUUCCAUUAUUCAAUGGUGUGCUAUAUUGCUUCUCAGUCUCUUGCUGCGUCCUCCUCUUUUUCCAAGAUUUUGUUCUUGGAUUUCUCUACACUCAUUGACUUGGUGAGACCCCCUGUGUUUUGUGGGUUUAAAUAUCAUUUAUGUUGAAGACCCGGAUUUCUGUCUCCAUCCCAUCUCUCUUGAACUGUAGUCAUCAAAUUUCUUAUUUGGUAUUUUGGAUGUCUAAUAAACAUUUCCAUCUUAACAUCUCCCAAACUA